AACCUUGGAGCACGCGUGCUUUGUUGUUUAUUGCAAUUCGCGAGUUGCAUCAUCUGUAACCAUACAAAAAAGGGUUAAUUGGCAGAAUUAUUUUUUUCUUGCUGAGUAGAAUUAUUUUACCAAAGCAGAGCAGAAAUUACCGAGCUUUAGUGGUUGGUGGUGGUCGUCGUCUUCGCUGUUUGCUUUGCUUUGUUCUGCGUGCAGCUUGCCCCCACUCAUGGCGGCGGCGGCUUGUGCUCCCCGCCUCCUCCUGCCGCCGGCCUCCGCCGGCCUCCCACGCCAGCACCGGCACCGGCCCCGCCUCCAGGUCAUCUCUGCCCGCGCUGCCUCCGUCGCCGCUCGGGGCCUCGAUGCUGACGACUUCCGACACCCGCUCGACAAGCAAAACACUCUGCUGCUGAGAUCAGUUCCGGGGCUUAAUGAUAUGGGCAAGGCUUUGCUAGGACCGGUUUCUGAACAAGUUAUGGUACUUCAGAACAUUGGAUCAUCUGUGCUAGUCUCUGAAAACCAGCUCUCAGAUCUUCAUCAAAUCUUGACCGAGGCUGCAAAACUCUUGAACACAGACGCUCCUGACUUGUACAUUCGGCAGAACCCUGUUCCUAAUGCUUACACAUUAGCAAUCAGUGGCAAAAAGCCAUUCAUCGUUGUUCAUACAAGCCUAGUGGAGCUGCUCACUAGAAAAGAACUGCAGGCUGUAUUGGCUCAUGAACUGGGACACCUGAAGUGUGACCAUGGCGUGUGGCUUACAUUUGCCAACAUACUGACAAUGGGAGCAUACUCUGUCCCUGGGUUUGGAAUGGUUGCUGGGUUUCUGGAAGAACAGCUCUACAGGUGGCUCCGAGCAGCAGAGCUGACAUGUGAUCGAGCAGCUCUUCUUGUAGUCCAGGACCCCAAGGUUGUCAUCUCUGUCCUGAUGAAACUGGCCGGAGGUUGCCCGUCUCUUGCUGACCAGCUGAACGUGGACGCCUUCCUUGAGCAAGCUCGCUCCUACGACAAGGCCUCGUCAAACCCCGUCGGAUGGUACAUCCGGAACGCUCAGACGAGGGAGCUGUCGCACCCUCUGCCGGUGAUGCGAGCCCGCGAGAUCGACGAGUGGUCGAGGAGCCGUGAGUACAGGACAGUGCAGCAGAAGGUGAUCCAGCUCAACGAACAAGAUGGAGGCUAUAGCUAGCUGCCUGCAAAGCCUCACCGGAUUAACCACACUUGUACAAGUAGAAAUCUAGCAGUAUGUUUAUACUCGUACAUACAUGGAGGUCCAAGUCAGAUUGUAUUCUAGGGAAGAAAACGCAAAGAUGUACGUAUUGAUUCUUUAAUAAGAGAAAUAGAGUAUAUUUACUACAUGUACGAUUUCUGCAUCUAUCUAGCAAGCACAGCAAUGCAGCCAA